AUGGCGGCAUCGGUGGCAGCAGCAGCUGGGCGUCUGCGGCGGGCCAUUCGAAGGUCGUCCCCGUGGCAGAGCCCCAGCCAUCGGCCGCUCUCAGCCGAACCCCCUCUGGCCCAGGGAUCGGCCGUGCGGGACACCUUCCUGAGCUUCUUCCGGGAUCGCCAUGGCCACCGGCUGGUGCCCUCGGCCUCCGUGCGGCCUCGCGGCGACCCCAGUCUGCUCUUCGUCAACGCCGGCAUGAACCAGUUCAAGCCCAUCUUCCUGGGCACCGUGGAUCCACGAAGUGAGAUGGCAGGCUUCCGACGUGUGGCCAACAGCCAGAAGUGUGUGAGGGCUGGAGGACGACACAAUGACCUGGAAGACGUGGGCCGAGACCUCUCCCAUCAUACCUUCUUUGAGAUGCUUGGAAACUGGGCCUUUGGGGGUGAAUAUUUUAAGGAGGAGGCUUGCAGCAUGGCCUGGGAACUGCUGACUCAGGUCUAUAGGAUCCCUGAGGACAGACUCUGGGUCUCCUACUUUGGUGGUGACCCCAAAGCCGGGCUGGACCCAGACCUGGAGAGCAGAGACAUCUGGCUAAGCUUAGGGGUGCCUGCCAACCGUGUGCUUUCCUUCGGACCCCAAGAGAACUUCUGGGAGAUGGGUGACACUGGCCCUUGUGGACCCUGUACUGAGAUCCACUAUGACCUGGCUGGAGGGGUGGGAGCCCCCCAGCUGGUGGAGCUUUGGAAUCUGGUCUUCAUGCAACACAACAGAGAGGCAGACAGAAGCCUGCAGCCCCUGCCUCAGCGGCAUGUGGACACAGGAAUGGGCCUGGAAAGACUAGUGGCUGUGCUACAAGGCAAGCGCUCCACCUACGACACUGACCUCUUCUCCCCCCUGCUCAAUGCCAUACACCAGGGCUGUGGGGUGCCCCCUUACUCUGGCAAGGUAGGGGUGGCAGAUGAGGGACGCAUUGACACAGCGUACCGUGUGGUGGCCGACCACAUCCGCAUGCUCAGUGUCUGCAUUGCCGACGGCAUCUCCCCGGGAAUGUCGGGCGCCCCGCUGAUCCUUCGCCGGAUUCUCCGUCGAGCUGUGCGGUUCUCCACAGAAGUCUUGCGGGCACCUCCUGGCUUCCUAGGCAGCCUGGUGCCAGUGGUGGUUGAGAUAUUGGGAGCUGCUUACCCAGAACUGCAGAAGAACUCAGCCCAGAUAGCCAACCUGGUGUCAGAGGAUGAGGUGGCCUUUCUGGCCUCCCUGCAGCGAGGCCGGCGGAUCAUUGAUCGCACCCUCAAACAGCUGGGACCUUCAGAUUUGUUCCCUGCCGAAGUGGCCUGGUCCUUAUCACUUUCUGGGCAUCUGGGGCUCCCCCUGGACCUGGUAGAACUGAUGCUGGAGGAGAAGGGGGUACAGCUGGACUCUGCUGGCCUGGAACAGCUGGCUCAGGAAGAAGCCCAGCACCGGGCCCAACAGGCUGAGCCAGUUCAGGAGCAGAGACUGCGUCUUGACGUCCAUGCACUAGGGGAGCUGCAGCGCCAAGGAGUGCCCCCAACCGAUGACAGCCCCAAGUACAGCUACUCUCUGCAACCAAGUGGGGGUUAUGAGUUCGGCCCCUGUGAAGCCCAGGUGCUACAGCUGUAUACAGAGGACGGUUCAGCCGUGGCCUCUGUGGGGGCAGGCCAGCGCUGUGGCCUCCUCUUGGACAGGACCAACUUCUACGCUGAACAGGGGGGUCAGGCUUCAGACCGUGGCUACCUGGUGCGGGCAGGGCAGCAGGAUGUGCUGUUCCCUGUGUCCCGGGCCGAAGUCUGUGGGGGCUUCAUCCUGCAUGAGGCGGUGGCCCCUGAGUGCCUGCAGGUGGGGGAGCAGGUGCAGCUGCACCUGGAUAAGGCCUGGCGACUGGGCUGCAUGGAGAAGCACACAGCCACCCACCUGCUGAACUGGGCGCUGCGGCAGACCCUGGGCCCUGGCACAGAGCAGCGGGGCUCCCACCUCAACCCCGAGCGUCUGCGCUUUGACGUGGCCACCCAGGUACCACUGACUCCAGAGCAGCUCCGGACAGUGGAGGGCACCGUGCAGGAGGCCGUGGGGCAGAAUGAGCCUGUGUACAUGGAGGAGGUGCCCCUAGCACUCACCGCCCACAUCCCUGGCCUGCGUUCUCUGGAUGAAGUGUACCCAGACCCUGUGCGGGUGGUGUCGGUGGGGGUGUCUGUGGCCCAGGCAUUGGAGCCAGCCUCCCAGGCUGCAUUGUACACUUCCAUGGAGCUCUGCUGUGGCACGCACCUGCUGCGCACAGGGGCAGUGGGGGACCUGGUUAUCAUCGGGGAGCGCCAGCUCGCCAAGGGCACCACCCGCCUGCUAGCUGUCACUGGGGAGCAGGCGCAGCAGGCCCGAGAGGUGGGCCAGAGCCUGGCCCAGGAGGUGGAAGCAGCCUCAGAGCGGCUGAGUCGAGGCAGCCAGGAUCUGGUAGAGGCCCAUCGACUAUCCAAGGACGUGGGAAGACUCACUAAGGCUGUGGACACUGCUAUGAUGCCCCAGUGGCAGCGGCGGGAGCUACAGACCACACUGAAGGCUCUGCAGCGGCAUGCCAACACUGCCAUCCGGAAGCUGGAGGUGGGCCAGGCUGUAGAGAAGUCCCAGGAGCUGUUGCAGCGGCACUCAAAGGGACCUCUGAUUGUGGACACUGUCUCCACUGAGUCCCUCUCAGUGCUGGUGAAGGUGGUACGGCAGCUGUGUAAGCAGGCCCCCAGCACGUCUGUGCUCCUGCUCAGCCCCCAGGGUGCAGGCAAUGUGCUCUGUGCCUGUCAGGUGGCCCAGGGUGCCACGCCUGCCUUCACAGCAGAGGCCUGGGCACUGGCCGUAUGCAGUCACAUGGGAGGAAAGGCCUGGGGCUCUAGAGUGGUAGCCCAGGGCACUGGAAGCACUGCUGACCUGGAAGCUGCCCUCAAAACGGCACGCACCUACGCCCUCAACCAGAUAUGACCAGGCACAGAUAUGACAAUGAGAGGCACAUGAACUAAAAGCAAAUACCUGGCGCACAGAAGGGGCUGCAAGAGCCUCCCUGGAGGCUGAAGCAGAGGACAAGGGGUUAAAACUGAGUGAAUGAGCCAAGGAAUGCCACCUGGGCUGCAUGACACAAGGAGAUGGGGACACAAAGAAGUGGGCCCAGAGACAUACCACCCCCACCAAAUGUGAAGACCUGGGCCAUUAUGGCUGUGAUUGCUUAUUAAAAAGUAUU